UUUGCAGCUCGCAGUCAUCACUGGCAAGGGCCUGGCUGUGAAAAUGGUUGUCAGGUGACAGGAAGCUUUUAUGCUUGUGCCCCUCCUGAGUCCCAGACUCCUGGCAUCCCGAUUGAGCCAAGCAUAAGGUCUGGUGAAGCUCUCGCCCUGUCAGAUUGUCGGCUCCAUAUCUGCUUAUAUUACCGUGAAAUACUGGUAAAGGAGGUGACAACUUCUAGUCCUGAAGGUUGUAGGAUAUCCCAUGGCCAAAGUUAUGAGGUCAGCAGCCUGGAGCAAGUUAUCUUCCCUUAUCCAGAGGAUAAUGGCCAGAGGAAGAACAUAGAAAAGCUACUGAACCACCUGGAACGAGGAGUAAUACUGUGGAUGGCACCUGACGGCCUCUAUGCUAAGAGACUUUGCCAAAGCAGGAUCUACUGGGACGGACCUCUGGCACUCUGCAGUGACCGACCCAACAAGCUGGAGCGGGACCAGACAUGCAAGCUCUUUGAUACUCAGCAGUUUUUAGCAGAGCUGCAAGCCUUUGCUCACCAUGGACGUCCGCUGCCAAGAUACCAGGUCGCUCUGUGCUUUGGGGAGGAAUUUCCAGAUCCGCAGAGGCAGAGGAAACUAAUUACAGCCCAUGUUGAACCAAUGUUUGCCAGGCAGCUGUAUUACUUUGCUCAACAAAACAGUGGACAUCUUCUGAGAGGCUAUGAUUUACCAGAACUUGUGACUAGUCCAGAGGAUUAUCACAGAUCUAUUCGCCAUUCCUCUAUUCAAGAAUAA